AUGAGUGCGCGCACUGGACCGCCAGUAUUACACUGGUCUCUGAAGGAAGAGGAUAUUUGGCUUCAAUGUCAACAGGGGAUAACCUACUUCGGCCGUAACCAACAGCCGAAAACAGACCAGGAAAAUGACAGACUCAGUUCCAAGCAUUCCCCUGUUUCCUUGGUUUCUGUUUGGCACACUUCUGUGUUCCCAUGUCAACUGCUCACCCUCCCUGAUCUCCAUCUCUUGUGGCGUGGGUCAGUCUGCAGUGCUGCCCUGCAUGGUCUUGUCCCCUUCCUCUUCCUCCCCUGACCAGCUCGCCCUGCCCCCGCCCUCAGACUCCCCGUACAUCCAGUGGCUCAGCAUGUCAGAGACGGUGUUCGAGCGCAUGGGGCCCGAGGACUUCCAGGGCGAGGGCUUUGAGGGGCGAGCGGACGUGCCCCAGGAGAUGCUGCAGAGGGGGAACUGCUCGCUGCUCCUGGGGGACGCCCGGCUGGUGGACUCUGGCGUCUACCAGAGCUACCUGGUGGUGGGCCAAACCAAGGUGAAGAGGAAGGUGCUGCUGCAAAGCGUCGACUUGGUUGUCAGAGACUAUAAGUUAAAACAGACUGUCCGGAAGGGGAGUGACCUGCUGUUGGAGCUCCACACCCCCCAGGCCCAGCAGGUGGUGUUCCAGAAAGAGCAGCACCCCAGGUGGGCAGUAGUGUGGUCCAGAGGUGGUGUGGAGACACGGUCCAGAUCAUCCAGCUCCAGUUCCUCCAGAGUGAGGCAGGAUGGGGAGAGGCUCAUCUUUACAGACAUCGGGUGGGAAGACGAGGGCACCUACCGGGUGAUGGACGAACACGGACUGGCACUGAGUACGGUGAUGGUGUCCGUGACAGAAACUACUGAGCCAACUUUUCAGAAGAAAGAUUUUUUGACAGGCUACUCGGCAGCCAGCAGCUUACCUGGUCCAGCUCUCUGCCUCCUCCCUCUCUGUGCACUCUUGCAUCACUUCCUCUAAAUGGGUAUGGCACCUGCAAACCGGCCAAAUGCUGGUAAAACUUGGCUGUGGCUGGUAACAAUUUCAGUGUCACUAGCCAAUUUGGCAGGUAGCUUAUUCUAUGGUAUGACAUAUCAGAAUAGCCUAUAUUCUGCACUCGUGUAAUCUCAUUAAUCACAAACGGUUUUCAUUAGUAUGCAGUCAGGCUAAUGCUAUUAUGCAACCUUGUUUUUUUGGAGAUAACUGAAAAAAUGUAGGUGCUUUUACUUUUUAAGUGGAAAUAAGGUAUGGAGAUUUGCUGUUUUUUACCUUUUAUCAAUACAUUUAGAGUUGAUCCAAUAAAAAAUCAUGCCAGUCUCAUAUUCCUUUAAUGUUUCCCCUUUAAUAUGAGCCCAUCGUCAUCUUAUUUACAUCUACUAUAUCCACCCUCCAUGGGACUCCAAAACCUUUACUGGUCUUGAACCUUUAAACCCAGUUAAUUGUAUAUACAUAACGUGCUGAAUACUAAUUCCCAUCUCCUCCUUGCUUGUGUGUUGCUUUCUGUCUGCCUAGAGCCACUGAUUCACCACCUGCAAGAGGUUUUCAGUGUGGAUAAGGUCAGGAGACGAGAUGGCCAAUCCAUGAGUUGAUUCCUCUUGAAGCGGUUGGGGGGUAAGGAUGUGCUGAAGCUUGCAGGGUGAGAUGGAGGAGCAUUAUCUAGCAUGAAAAUUCAGUUGUUAUGCCAGGUGUUUGCUUUCUUGUUGAACCACAGCCUGAAAUCCAUCUCUAAAACACAAUUUACAAAACAAUUAUACAAUUAUAAAACAACAUAAUUUGCUUAAUUCAGUUUCACCUCUUCUUUGGGGCAUCACAUGUCAUCUGGGUGGUGUUAUAGUGAGUUUCUGAUGAUUAUCUGGAAGGGAUUUAUCGGCUGUGUCUUCGUUGAAGCCCUUUUUGACAAAAAAAGCUGAAUUCUGCAAAUUGUGUGAAAUGUUUAUACACACAUUUCAUGCCUUAGCUAAACACUAAGUCAAAGGGGAUCAACCUUAUUUUCACACAAGAUAAUGCUUCAUCUCAUUCUGCAAGAUUCAGCACAUCCUCCUUAUAACCCAAAAGCUUUGAUAAGAAGCGAUUAAUGGCAUGUCCAUCUCAGUCUCCUGGGGAUGGUGAAGAAGUGGUUCUAUUCAGACAGAGCAACAUAGGUGCAAAGAGGGGUUGGGACUUCACAUUAGGCAAGUUAUUUCGUAAUUGCAUUAUGUAGAAAUAAAAACUGAAAUGGUUUGGUGUAUUCAAGAUCAGUUAAGGUUUUAGAGUAAAUGUAGAUUAUUUAAAUGUGCUCGCAAAAUAGUUAUAGGUUCAUAUUGAAAGUUGAACAUUAAAGGAAUAGUAAACUGA